GAUGGAUGGAGCCAGGAUGUGGCAUGUGUGCAUGACGUCAUUUCUCCAUGUACUGUGCGCCAUUUUGGAAGAAAAAAAAAAAUCACGGAUAAUUUCUGUGGUCUUGACAGAUCUGGACCCGAGUCUUCACACCGAUUGUGGAUGCUAUCUAUUUGCCCCAGCAAGUCGCUUUGGUUGAUAAGGUAUUGGAAGCUGUGUACAGCAAGAGCUGCUACAUGAAGCAAUGGCGGGAGUUGCAGGAGGAAAUGAUUUUCAGUGGUGUUUCUCUCAAGUGAAAGGAGCGAUAGAUGAAGAUGUUGCGGAAGCUGACAUAAUCUCAACAGUUGAGUUCAACUAUUCUGGAGAAUUGCUUGCAACAGGAGAUAAAGGAGGCAGAGUAGUGAUAUUUCAACAUGAACAGGAGUCUAAGAAUCGUCCACACCUGCGUGGGGAGUACAACGUCUAUAGCACUUUUCAGAGUCACGAGCCAGAAUUUGACUAUUUGAAAAGUUUAGAAAUUGAGGAAAAAAUUAAUAAAAUAAGAUGGCUACCCCAACAAAAUGCUGCUCACUUUCUACUUUCAACAAAUGAUAAAACUAUCAAAUUGUGGAAAAUAAGUGAAAGAGAUAAAAGAGCAGAAGGUUACAACCUGAAAGAUGAAGAUGGACGACUCAGAGACCCCUUUAGAAUCACCUCUUUACGGGUACCAGUACUGAUGCCAAUGGAUCUCAUGGUAGAAGCAAGCCCACGGAGGAUCUUUGCAAAUGCGCACACCUAUCACAUUAAUUCCAUUUCUGUAAAUAGUGAUCAUGAAACGUACCUCUCCGCAGAUGACCUAAGAAUAAAUCUAUGGCACUUGGAAAUCACAGACCGAAGUUUUAAUAUUGUAGACAUCAAGCCCGCCAACAUGGAGGAACUGACAGAAGUAAUCACAGCUGCUGAGUGCCAUCCACACCAAUGCAAUGUAUUUGUGUACAGCAGUAGCAAAGGCACCAUCCGCCUGUGUGACAUGCGAGCAGCGGCACUCUGCGAUCGGCACUCAAAGUUCUUUGAGGAGCCAGAGGAUCCAAGCAGCCGAUCCUUUUUCUCUGAGAUCAUCUCCUCCAUCUCGGACGUGAAGUUCAGUCACAGCGGACGCUAUAUGAUGACACGUGACUACCUCUCCGUCAAAGUUUGGGACCUCAACAUGGAGAACAGGCCAGUGGAGACGUAUCAGGUCCAUGAAUACCUUCGCAGUAAGCUCUGCUCCUUGUAUGAAAACGACUGCAUCUUUGACAAGUUUGAGUGCUGCUGGAAUGGCAGUGACAGUGCCAUCAUGACCGGCUCCUACAACAACUUCUUCCGAAUGUUUGACCGCAACACCAGGCGGGACAUCACGCUGGAGGCGUCCCGGGAGAGCAGCAAACCACGGGCUACGCUCAAACCACGCAAGGUGUCCACUGGUGGCAAGAGGAAGAAGGAUGAGAUCAGCGUGGACAGCCUGGACUUCAACAAGAAGAUCCUCCACACUGCCUGGCACCCCAAAGAUAACGUGAUAGCUGUGGCAGCCACCAACAACUUGUACAUUUUCCAGGACAAAAUCAACUAGAAGAUUUGGGGCUCCAGAGGAUAGGGCUUUUACUGUACCUGUGUAGUUAAGCCUACUACUUGUCUAUCUGUAUAAGAAGAAACAGCCUUGUUCUCCUCCUGGUGAAGAAUUCGAAAGCACGUGUCUACUUUUUUUUGCCACAGGCGGUUGAUCCAUAGACCUGUUUUAUUUUGAAUCUGAGCUUAGGUUGUUUUUGCCUUUGGCACCAGGGCACUCAACAUGCCCCUGACCCAGAAAGCCCAAUUUGGGUCUAAUUGACGGAAUGGCACUCCCUAGAGUUCAAACUCUUGAACGUUGGUGUUUGUGUUGACAUUUUAAGCCUUCAUUUCACGAUUUAAUGACAGAACUCUUGGAAGCCCUUAAAAUGACGUCUUGUCAAAGUUGUAACAUCAUCUCAAAGUUUUUGGGCCCUCUGAAGCACGGAUUAAUGGGCCAAUGAGCCUAACUGUAACAUUCCCCCAUUGGCCAUGUAUUCAGGCCAAACUACUGGUGGAAGAGGCCAUGAAUUUGGAAAGUGGACUUCUUUCUUUUCUUCCCCCUCCCUCCUCUUACUUUACCCCAGUCAAUACGGUGACAUAAUUUCACUGACUGUAUCUACUCAAGUACACCUUGUCAUCCACAUAAUAAAAGAAACUAAAACUACA